AUGAACCAUCUUAUCAAAUUGCAGACUCCGCUCCGAUUGGCAUGUGAAGGGCCGCAUUCUGUUAUUUAUGCCCCAUAUUGUAAUUCACUUCGAGUGCCCAUAGUACCUUCAAAGCAGCGACCAAUAAACAAAUUCCCUAUCGUUUGCAGUCUGUUUGUGUGUUUGGUACAAAUGACAGCAAGCGGUAUGGCGGGAACGCAAUUCUCUUCGCAUGUGAGCGUCAGUACACCUUCUAGAAGCUUCUCGCAUGGUGUGGGCGACCCCGUGCCACUUCCUCCAGCACAACAGAAGUCAACGUAUAGAAAUGUGAGAAGACCCACUUUUUCUGAUGACUUCGGAUAUCCGCGAGUGAAACCGGCGAUACCUUUUGUUCACGAAGAUAUCGUUCGUAACAAACCCUAUGGCCCACCAUCAUUACAUAACUUCUUUGAUGCACCUAUCCCCGUAUUGCCGCCGUCGCCGUACAAAGUGGAUUCCCCGGACCCGGAAUCCCUCUGGCCGGAAGGUCUAUUCGUGCCGCCAUUGACCCCACCACGCUUUGGAUUACGAAGGGUUGAUGCCCAUAAUUUACUAGACCCAUACCUACUAGAGGGCUCGGAAGCUGUGGCCGCAGUGAGGAGAGCUGACCAUCACGGGCAUUUCUUCUUCCACGACAUACCUCACAUAGAAUCGUUGCUCGCGAACCAAAACCUCAGAGUGAAGAACAAUUUGAAGCCGCAUCGUAUCGGAAGCAUUCGGAACACGUGGCCUUACAACCGACCAUAGACAAUAAUUUAACAAACAAAAAAAAACAAAAAUAUUUAUGUGUAAAAAAAAAUGUAAAAAUACUCGUAAAGUCAUUAUUAUGCAUUUGAAUAAAUAAAAAGAUUACCUCC